AUGAAUCCCGUCAACACCGUGUUCGAUGCGAAGCGUCUCAUCGGACGGCGGUUCUCCGACGCGCCCGUGCAAAACGACAUCAAGCUGUGGCCGUUCAAGGUGAUCGCCGGCGCGGGAGAGAAGCCGAUGAUCCAAGUCGAGUACAAGGGCGAGACGAAGCAAUUCGCCGCGGAAGAGAUUUCGUCCAUGGUGCUGACGAAAAUGAAGGAGAUCGCAGAGGCUUACCUUGGGACUAACGUGAAAAAUGCGGUGGUGACGGUUCCUGGUUAUUUCAACGAUUCUCAGCGCCAAGCGACGAAAGACGCAGGUGUGAUCGCUGGGCUGAACGUGAUGCGGAUCAUUGACGAGCCGACUGCAGCUGCUAUCGCGUACGGGCUCGAUAAGAAGAACAGCAGCUCGUCGGAAAAGAACGUGCUCAUUUUCGAUCUCGGCGGCGGUACUUUCGAUGUGUCGCUUCUCUCGAUCGAGGAUGGCAUUUUCGAAGUGAAAGCGACGGCUGGUGGCACGCAUUUGGGUGGCGAGGAUUUCGACAAUCGCAUGAUCGACUCGCUCUACGAGGGAAUCGAUUUCUACACCACCAUCACUCGGGCGCGCUUCGAGGAACUCAACAUGGACAUGUUCCGCAAGUGCAUGGAUCCGGUGGAGAAGUGCCUCAAGGACGCGAAAAUGUCUAAGGCUCAGAUCCACGACGUGGUGCUCGUCGGCGGCUCUACUCGCAUUCCCAAGGUGCAGCAGCUGCUGCAGGAGUACUUCAAUGGAAAUGAGCUAUGCAAGAGCAUCAACCCCGACGAGGCCGUCGCGUAUGGCGCGGCGGUCCAGGCGGCGAUUCUGAGCGGCGAGGGGAAUGAGAAGGUGCAGGAUCUGCUGCUGCUCGACGUGACGCCGCUGUCGCUUGGAUUGGGGACGGCUGGAGGGGUGAUGACGGUGCUCAUUCCGAGGAACACUACAAUCAUGACGAAAAAGGAGCAGGUGUUUUCGACGUUUUCGGAUAACCAGCCCGGGGUGUUGAUUCAAGUGUACGAAGGCGAACGCGCUCGGACCAAGGAUAACAAUCUGCUCGGAAAGUUUGAGCUCUCGGGGAUUCCGCCGGCGCCACGUGGCGUGCCGCAGAUCAAUGUGACAUUCGACAUCGACGCGAAUAGCAUUUUGAAUGAGGAAAUCGAGCGGAUGGUGGAGGAAGCGGAGAAAUACAAGGAUGAGGACGAGCAGCACAAGAAACGCGUGGAGGCGAAGAACGCGCUGGAGAACUAUUCGUACGGCAUGCGAAACACAGUUCGCGACGACAAGUUGGCGGGGAAGCUUUCGCCUGAAGAUAGGAAGGCGAUCGAGAAAGCGGUUGACGAGACGAUUGAUUGGCUGGAUAAGAACCAGCUCGCCGACGUGGACGAAUUUGAGGACAAGCAAAAGGAGCUCGAAGGCAUUUGUAACCCGAUCAUCGCGAAAAUGUAUCAGGCUGGGGCUGGACCAAUGCCAGGGGCGGGAGGCAUGGGGGAUGUGCCUAUGGGUUCUUCCAGCAGGGGUGACGAGCCGAAGAUUGAGGAGGUCGACUGA